AUGCUUCGUGUGGUAUCGACCACGCCGGCUCCCUGCGUGCGCCAUCGCAGCGAUGCUGAUAUCCAGGUUUUCCUUCGUCUAUGUGCGCCUUUCCCAUCUAGUGUCGUCGUACGGCUGCCUUGCCAUGUAAAUGGCGCUACAUUGCGCUCGUCGGUGGCGUCGUUGCUAGGCGGCUCGCCCCACCUGCGUAUCACGUCUCGUGGCGGUCGAUCUAUGCACCCGUGUGAGACACUCUCUGACAUAGCAGGCGCCCACAACUGGGUAGAGUUGGAUGUGCGUGUAUGCCAGCCAGGCGGCAAAGGCGGUUUUGGGAAUAUGCUGCGUGCGCAGGGUGGGCGUAUGAGCCAGCGUGGCAAGAACGAGAGCCAAGACUCUUGUCGUGACCUGCAAGGCCGAAGGCUCGGGUCCAUCAAGGAAGCACAGCUGCUCGCAGAGUACAUUGCCAAGGAACCCGAGCGCAAAGCGGCUUUGGAUGAGGCGCAAAAGCGCAAGUAUGCCAAGCUGGAACGCAUGCUGGGCCGUGAGCCAAAGACCAUGGCCGAUUUCGAAGAGGCUGCCGAGAAACUGGACGACGCAGGCGAGGAACUGAGUGAGGCGCCAGAGCUCAGUGCCGGGCCUUCGUCGUCGCAACAGGCUCCCAAGCGCAAGGAUCGCUUGGACGAUCAUGAAUACGUGGAACAGAGUCGUGAGAUUGUGGAAAAUGUACGAAGUGCUGUGGCCUCGGCUAUGAAGAAGCGCAAGGGGAAGAAACGCGCUCUUUCUUCCACGGCAGAUGCAUCAAACUCCUCUUCUGCCCAGCCCACAGUGUCUACGAGCUCUUCGUCGUAG